AAGCCCCCGCCGCCUCCGCUCGCCCCCGCUCCACAAAAACACCGGUCUCCAGCAGCACCACGGCGUCCGCUCCGGCCGAGAAGAAGCCGGCGGUCCCCCGGGCGCCUCGCCCCAGCUCCACCUCCGCCUCCGCGGCCCCGACUCGCAGCACAGCGAAGCCCGGCUCCGACAGCGGCGCCAGACAUCAAGAACAUCCGCUCCAAGAUCGGCUCCACGGACAACAUCAAACACCAGCCGGGAGGAGGAAAGGUGUCCGUGUCUCAGAGCAGGACAGACGCUCAGAGCUCGCCCUCCAAAGAGACCAGCCAGGGCAAAGUUCAGAUAGUCUCCAAAAAACUGGACUACAGUCACGUGACUUCUCGCUUGGGCUCCAAGGACAAUAUCAAACAUGUUCCUGGUGGAGGGAACGUCCAGAUCCUCAGCAAGAAGGUCGACUUGAGUAAAGUGACCUCGAAAUGUGGCUCGAAGGCCAACAUCAAACACAAACCAGGUGGAGGCGAAGUCAAGAUCGAGAGCCAUAAGGUGAACUUCAAGGAUAAAGCUCAGCCCAAGGUGGGCUCGAUGGAUAACGUCAAUCAUGAGCCUGGAGGCGGGAAAGUUAGGAUUGAGUGUUUCAAGCUAAAUUUCCGCGAGAACGCCCGCUCUCGCACGGACCACGGCGCCGACAUCAUCACCUGGCCCGUGUCGGGUGACAGCCCUGUCCACCCUCACCCGCUCCGCAGCAGCGUCUCGCUCAACGACUCCCUCGCGACCGCCGGCCUCCCUCGCUCUCACACCACCCCGGCCCUCCUCUCCUGCCAGGAACCAGGGGCGGGACUCCGGACGUGAUUCCCGCCUUCUCAUUGGCCCGCUGCUCUCUCAACCCCGCCCCCUGCCAUCGCUCGGACUCAUAUGAUUGGUGUGUUCUCUGUAGACGUGAGGCUGUCUUCAGGACGCUUCGGUGGAAGGCGGCUGGGAGUGAAAUCUGUAAACUCUGCUACUAAACUCACGCUACUCAUACCUUACGUCACUUGUUGUAGAGCGCUGAUCUAGUUUACUUUCUUUUUAAUCUGUGUUCGACUCCUCCUGCACAUGCCCAUCUGAUCAGCACACACGAACACAUCUGGAUCCAUCUGGACAUCAUCUCUCGCUGCCUUCAAGUCCUCAUGGGAAGUUCGUGCUUACGAGUCGUUCAUGAAAAAUCGCUUUCGGAAAAAAUCGAGCUUUUUUUUUUUUUUUUUUUGUGCCAAAGCUGCAAAAUGAGGAGCGAAGGAUGUGCAUUAAAGACAUGAUAGCUCAUACAAAAAUUAUCUCAUUAAUUAUAUUAUUAAUUAUUCACCC